UGAGGUUCAGUGAGUUGAAUUUUCGGAUUCAGAUCAAGAUGGGGUGCUACUUUCGAACGGUGGAGAUCAACGUCAUGCCGGCCAAGACCGCCGUGGACAGAGAAGGCAACACCAACCCCACCCGGAACUUCCCCAUGCAGUUCACCGUCGACGAGUCCGCCCUCCGCCAGAACCGCCUCACCCUCAUCUUCAACCUCCGCCUCGACAAGGACGUCGUUCAAGGCUACGUCCCGGUCAAGAAGCUCACCGACUCCAUCGACACAGGAAAACUCCAGUCUUUUACUUGCCCGGUGAUAAAGCUCUCCGGCGAGCCCAUGGGCGAGCUCAGUUUUUCCUACAAGUGGGGGGAGAAAUUCGCCGGAUCGGCUGCCGCUAAGCAUGAUGCACCGUCGACGGCGUAUCCGGGUACUGCGAUGGGGGAUUCAUUGGUAGCAGCUAAGGCGGGGCCGAGCUAUGGAUACCCACCUCCGCCGCCACCGCCCUACAAUACUGGGGCAUAUCCACCUCCGCCGCCACCGCCCUACAAUACUGGGGCAUAUCCACCUCCGCCGCCACCGCCCUACAAUACUGGGGCAUAUCCACCACUGUAUCCGGGCUACAUGUACCCGCCACCGCCUCCGGCCUACGGGUACCCGCCGCCGCAUCCGGGCUACGUGUACCCGCCGCCGCAUCCUUAUGGGGGCUAUCCACCGCCUGGGUACGCGUACGCGCCGCAACCAGGAUAUGGGUACCCGCAGCCAGCGCAGCAACCGGCGGCAAACAACAGGUUUGAGAUUGGGCUGUUGGGUGGGCUGAUGGGAGAAGUGCUUGGCGGGCUGAUCGUGGACGGUAUUAGUAAUAUUAUCGGAUGAUUUUCAUGUAACAUAUGGGAUUUUCAUGUAUUAUCGGAUGAUUACAAUGAUUUGCAUUAAGGCCCUUGAUAUAUUGAUUGGA